UUGAGGCAAGUUGGUAAACACUGGCCCGCGAAUGAAAAUCAUUCUGACGCAAAUUAUAAUAAUUUAGACUUGGAAACUGUCUACCAUCCUUAUCUUUAUGCGAGAAAUUAACCGAAUUCCGAAACAAUUCUAUUAAUCGCCAUCUCGAUUGCCAGUGUUAAAACCAACGAAACCCUACGAGUUAUGGAGCUAACAGCUAAUAGCCGGCUAUGGCAGCGCUAGCCUGUUACCUUAAAUGUUACCAGUGAACUACCGUCACAACACUAAACCAGAUUGCUUGGAGAGGUGCGCGUAAGAGCAUUUGGAGACGCCAGUUCGUUAAAGGAGCAUAAAGUACACAGUCGCAGUGCGAGGUAUGUGGGUGUAAAGUCAACUGGCCAAGUUAAGGAAUGGAAAAUGAGCAGCGCAACACAGUUAUUUUUAACGCUUCAAAGAAAGAGUUAUUUACCGGUAACAAUGGAUACAAAUCCCUGCAAAAGAGACUAAGGGCUCAAUGGAAAAUACAAAGUAUCAAAGAGGAACUGUCAUUGGAAAAGCUGAAGGGUGUCAAGUUGUGGAUAACUGCGGGCCCAAGGGAAAAGUUCACUGCAACUGAGCUUGAAGUGCUAAAACAGUACCUGGAUGGAGGAGGAGAUAUCCUUGUGAUGCUUGGUGAAGGAGGAGAAAUUAAGUAUGACACCAACAUCAACUUCCUCCUGGAGGAGUUUGGAAUAAUGGUAAACAGUGAUGCAGUUGUGAGGAAUGUUUAUUACAAGUACUUCCAUCCAAAAGAAGCACUUGUGUCUAAUGGCGUUUUGAACAGGGAGAUCAGUCGUGCUGCUGGAAAAGUAAUCACCGGAGUGCUUGAAGAUGAAAGUGCUGGAAAUAAUGCACAGGCUCUCACAUUCCUGUAUCCGUAUGGCGCUACCCUGAGUGUGAUGAAGCCUGCUGUGGCUGUUCUUUCAACUGGCUCAGUCUGCUUUCCCCUCAACAGGCCUGUCAUGGCCUUCUAUCAGGUCAAGGAGGCUGGCAAACUGGCAGUGCUGGGUUCCUGUCACAUGUUCAGUGAUCAAUACCUAGACAAAGAGGAGAACAGUAAAAUAAUGGAUGUUGUAUUCCAAUGGCUCAUGACAGAUAACAUUCACCUAAAUCAAAUUGAUGCUGAAGACCCUGAGAUCACAGAUUACACCAUGUUACCAGACACAGGCUGCUUGUCAGAGCGACCUCGAGUGUGCUUGCAAGAGGGUGAUGAAAACCCGAGGGACUUCACCUCUCUCUUUGAUAUUUCUGCAUUCAAAUUGUCAAACGAUACUUUACCCCAAGUAAUAAGUUCUUACAAACAGCUUCAUAUCAAACAUGAGCCACUCCAGCUGAUCACACCGCAGUUUGAAACCCCUCUACCUCAGCUACAACCUUCUGUCUUUCCACCUGCCUUCAGAGAUUUGCCUCCACCAAUGCUUGACCUGUUUGAUCUGGAUGAAGCAUUCUCUUCUGAGAACGCUCGCUUAGCACAGCUUUCCAAUGAAUGUACAGAUGAUGAUCUGGAGUUCUAUGUGCGCAAAUGUGGUGAAAUCUUGGGCGUGGCUAAAAAGUUGGAUAAAGAUCAGAGAGAUGCUAAACACAUUUUGGAGCACAUUUUCUUUCAGGUGGUUGAGUUCAAGAAACGUAAUCAGGAGCAUGAUAUCGACAAAGAAGCACAGUUUUCCCCUUUUUGACUGGAACAUUGUCAAAGCUUUUUUUUUUAUAUGGAUUUGUAUAGAGUUCUACUUCACAUCCCUUUGUUAUGGUCAGCAGCCUUUAACAUCCGCUGGUGUGUUCAACAUUUUACCAAGUCCAAAAUGUGUCCCAGUAUUAAGAACUGUUAGGAAGAUAAAAGGUCUUACCUUUUUGUCGAAUGGUUCAGUUUGAAAAUAUUUCACUUUUUAAGGUGUUCUUUGUAAUAAUAAUGUUGGAUUUUGGAAAUAUUAAUAUUCUGUUAAUUCUCAGAAGAAAUGAAGGGGAAAAGUGAACUUAAUCAACUCUUAAAAUUGAUUAAUUGAAAUAGUUGUCUCUCCAGCGUUUGUUUUAUUAGUUGCAAUUUAGCAUUUUGAGUCAGCAACAAAUGUAAGGGAAAGCUGUCACUCCGAUUAUCAUUCUAAUGGUAUCAUAUUUGUGUAAUUGAUGUCUAAAUGGGAUGUGUAGAAGUUCAAAUAAAUUAAA